AUGACUCCCCCGCCCUCGCACAUCGCCCGCCAGGCUCUGCCCGACCACGUCUAUCAGCUGCCCGACAACAUGCAGCCCCAGCCCUCGCUCUCGCGAUACUGGUGCCGCGGCAGCGUCACGCGCCUGACCACUCACUCCAAGUACAAUCCUAAGGGCACCAUUGAGUCGUUCAUGUACGUCUUCCGUCGACCUGGUGGGUACGGGCUCCGCAAGGACAACUUUGGUGUGUGCGCCGGCUGCGUGGAGGCGAAGGUCGGCGAGUGUGUCGAGAUCGACCCUGUCUUCCGCCGAGCCGUCAACAUGCUCGACUUCCUCAUCGAUCGGGCCCUCCGCAAGACCAACGAGGAGACUGCCAGGCAAGGCGACCAGGCGACUGAGGACUCCGUCGAUAACGCCGUUCAGUCGUUCUGGCAGACCGCCUACGACUACGCUCUGGGCUGUCGCAACGGCUUUGUCGCCUAUGAUGCUGUGGUUCGUCGCCGCGUCAACAAGUCUGGUCUCUCCGAGACCGAGUACGCCCAAGCGCGCCAGGUUUCCUGGUCGCACAACCUCCAGCGGUAUAUUGUGAGUGUUGUUUUCCUCCCCUCUUUUCUUGAGGCUGACAUGAGUAGGCUGCGGUCGGUACGGUCGGCGCGAAGCUGCCCAACAACGUGGUCAUCGAUGCCGUGCUCGAAGAGCACUUCCAGAAGACGGGUCGUGCGAACGAGGCGGAGAAGCGCUGGUACUACUAUGGUACUGACCUGCCGUCGUCUGCCCAGGCUCCCACUGCCGCCUUCGAGAGGAUAUCUGCGUCGCCCACGAAGCUCACUCCGGGUGGCCGUCGACGCCGUAGCCCCUCCUUCGAAAUGAGCCCGAGUGCGGGUCGUGGCGGUCCUUCUGCCUAG